AUGGAGGCAUACUGCAACGCAGUACGUCGCCUCAAAGACAAGUUCGAUGGCCUCGAGCUCAACCACAUCGCGCGCAAGUACAAUGAGGAAGUAGACGAACUGACCAAGAUUGCAUCCGGACGGACCACUGUUCCUCCGAACGUCUUCGCCCGCGACCUCGCCAAACCAUCCGUCGAUUUCAAGGACCCAGCAGGAGCUAGCGCCACGACCGCCAAGCCCUCGGUGGUUACAGCCAUAGAGCCCUUGGCCGAGGACCCCUUGGCAGAGGAGUCCGAGGCCAUGGAGACGGAGACCGAGAUCUCCUCGGCGGACGAGGCUGGGGCAAUGCAGAUUGACGAGGCCCCGUCUUCUCAGGACUGGCGUGACCAGUAUCUCAACAGGAUAAACCGAGGGGUUCUACCCUCGGAUCGCGCUCAGGCGCGGCGCAUCGCCAGGCGGGCCAAGUCUUUCAUCCUGAUCGAUGAUGAGCUGUACAAACGCAGUCCCUCGGGCGUUCUGCAACACUGCAUUCCCAUUCUCGAGGGCAAGGAGCUACUCAGAGACAUCCACACCGGGGUGUGUGGCCACCAUGCGGCGCCACGCACCCUCGUUGGCAAUGCGUUCAGGCAGGGUUUCUACAGGCCCACAGCAGUUGCCGAUGCCACAGAGAUCAUGCGGACCUGCGAGGGUUGCCAGUUCUACGCCCGAAAGACGCAUCUCCCGACUCACGCUCUGCAAACCAUCCCCAUCACAUGGCCUUUCGCCGUGUGGGGACUGGACCUCUUCACAGGAAAGAAGUUCUUGGAGUUCUGCGAUGACUUCCACAUACGCGUGGACUGGUCGGCUGUGGCACAUCCACAAACGAACGGCCAAAUAGAGCGUGCCAAUGGCAUGAUCCUACAGGGCCUCAAGCCAAGAAUCUUCAACAAGUUGAACAAGUUUGGCCGAAGAUGGCUCAUGGAGCUACCUUCGGUCAUCUGGAGCCUAAGAACAACCCCGAGCAGAGCUACUGGCUUCACCCUUUUCUUCCUCGUCUAUGGCGUCGAGGCCGUCCUCCCCACUGACUUGGAGUACGGGUCGCCAAGGCUCAAGGCUUACCAACAACACCAGAACCAGCAAGCAAGCGAGGACUCACUGGAUCAGGUGGACGAGGCUCAAGACGUGGCGCUUCUACACUUGGCACGGUACCAGCAGUCCCAGCGACGAUACCAGGCACAAAGGGUUCGACACCGAGACCUCAACAAGGGAGAUCUGGUGCUGAGGCUUCGGCAAGACAGCCGAGGGCGCCACAAGCUCACACCGCCAUAG